AUGAACACCCUGACGGAGUUGAAGGAGCAGGAAAGGAUUCUGCUGUUAAACAUACUAAAGAAUUUCAAGGGGGAAAAAUGCUUAUUUUUUGAAAAGUCGCUGCAUAUCAUUUUGAAUGUUAUACUAAGUGAUGAAGAUAUAAAUAAAGAACAAUUUGAACAUAUAUUUUUCCUGAACAACGAAACAGAAUUAAUUAAUACAAAUAAAUUAAAUAAAAUAAGGAAUAUUUUAUUUUUUAUACGUCCAUAUUUUUACGAAAUUGAAGAAAUAUUUAAAAUAGUUGAAAAAAUUGAGAAAGGGAAAAUUACAGAUAAACAAUAUGUUUUUAUAUUUAUUCCCUACAUGACACAUAUGUGUAAAGAGAAAAUUUUGAAAAAUAAUGUUCUUGAUGUAAGUAUUAAAAUAAUUCUAUUUCCUCUUUAUUUUAUUCCUAUAUACAAUGAUGUGUAUAGUUUAGAAUUCAAAAAUUUAUUUAAAGAAUAUUAUGUAGAUAACGAUUUUAGUAACCUUAUAUUUUGUUCAUUCAGUUUAAUGUUUCUUCAAUACCUUUUUAAUGGGGUAUUUAAAAAUAUAAAAUCUUUGGGACAUUUGUCUCAAUUUAUUUCUGAACAGUUAAUAGAUUUAAGGAAAGAAAUUGUAGCUAGUAAUUUUAACAUUCAGGUACCAAAUAAUUUUGAUGAUGAUUUCUUUGAUAUACUAAGUAAUAUACAAAACUUCCAAGACUUAAAAUAUUUUAAAAAUUCAAAUGAACCAACAGUUGUACCAGUUAAAUAUGCUCUCCAUAAAAUAUUCCUAUCUGAAAAUAUGUACAAAAAAUAUGACCAAGCAAGGAAAAAAAAAAAAAAAAAAAAAAAAAAAAAAAAAAUUACUGUCAGUGGGAGCAAUAUGAACAAAAGUGUAAAUAUGAUAAAAAUGGCUAACUCAUAUGAGCAAAAGACAGAGUCAGUUGAGCAUAGCGGUUUUAUAAGAAGUUACAAUGGGGGAGUGAAAGAGAACGAAGUAGAGACAGGAGAGGAUCAUGCUGCGGGGAAACUUCAUCAAGACGGUUUAGCAACCCGGGGGCAUCGCCAAAUGAGGGUUAAAGGGGAAGAAGCAAAGCAUAUUGAAGGGGAGGAGAAUGAGGGAGAAGAGGAUGAAGAGGAUGAAGAAGAAGAAGAAGAAGAAGAAGAUGUGGAAGAAGCGGAUGAAGAAGAAGCAGAUGAAGAAGAAGCGGAUGAAGAAGAAGCGGAUGAAGAAGAAGCGGAUGAAGAAGAAGCGGAUGAAGAAGAUGAGGAUGAAGUAGAUGAUGAUGAAGUAGAUGAUGAUGAAGAAGAUGAUGAUGAAGAAGAUGAGGACGAUGGAGUCGAUGAGGAGGAAGAGGAAGAAAAGGAAGAUGAAGAUGGCGAAGCUGAUGCUGAUGUCGUUGAAGUAGGGAAAAAAAAAAUCGAGUAUGAGCAGAACUUCAAGAAAGCAUGUGAGGAAAAUGAGUAUUAUAAGCAUAAGGAAGGCUUAAAGAAUCGUGCACAGGGGAAAGUGAAAAUAAAAUAUAUCCAAGAAGAGGAGGAGGAGGAGGAGGAAGACGACAAUGACAGCUACAACGAUAAAAUCGAUGAGGAUAAGGGGGACGACAAUGACAACAACAGUAGUGACAAGCUUGAUUCCUGGUAUGGCGAAAAAGCUCUAAUUCCCGUAAUUAAAAGAGAACAGCACAUAUCGCAGAUGAACUCAAGUGGAAAAGAAGAUAAGAAAGAACAAAUAAAAAUGAAAGGAAAUUUAAAUAUUUUUGAUGGGAACAGAGAUACAGCUUCACGCAAUUCGAACAACGACAUUAGCAAUGGCAAUUCUUACUAUACAAGGAACACAUCUGUUGAUGGGGUUAACUAUAAGAAGGAUUAUUAUGAAGAUCGAACUAAUAUACUUUCAAGUAGAACAGAACAGAAGAAUUUUCUUGAACAGGAAAAGAAAAAGGAGUUGGGAGAACAUUAUAAACCGAACGAGAAAAGGAAGGAGUUGUCAAAAUUUGAAGAUAAUAAGUAUGUGUAUGAUAAUAUGAGAAUAUACUCAGAAAGGUUGUCUUCCUCAAAUAAAUCCUACUGCGCUGGAAUUACAAAAGAGGGAAGUGAAUCGAAGGGAAUAGAAAAAUUGAAAGAGAAAAACAUGGCUCAUUCUCGCUCCCCUAUGAUGGGAAAAGAGAAGAACCCACAGGAAGGUGAAACUAUUGGAGAGACAAUAGUAGUACCAGAAGAGCAAAGAAAGGGGAGGAAACAAGUGGGAGGAAAGGAAAAGGGGAAGAGAGAGGAAAGAACGAAAAAAAAGGGGAGAAACCUAAAAGGAAGGAAAAAAGAAGGGAGUAAUGUAAAAGGAGCUAUAGUAGAAGGGAACCAAGAGGACGCAAAUAACAAGGAAGACGAUGGGGUAGGAUACGCACCGAACUGCGCCGAUUUCAUGAACAAACUGGACAACACGAAAUUUUUUUUGAAAAAAAAGGACAGGGAAAAAUUAGAGAAGGAGGAAAAAAAAGAGAAAAAUUAUUUGCUAGAAAGAAUAGGAAUAAGCGAUUUCAAUUUCUUACUAAAUAUAUGCGAUGAUAUUGAUUCUUGUAUUAUAAUAGACAGGAAAAUGGAUAUGGUAACUCCAUUUUGCACCCCCUUUACUUAUGAAGGUUUACUUGAUCAUUUAUUUUGUAUUGAAAAUUUACAAAUAGAAAUCCCACGAUAUAUUAUAUUUAAUGAUGAUCAAAAUCCAUUGAGAAGAAAAAAAGAUAAGAACAGUGCAGAGGAUAUAAAUAGUAUGAAAAUAAGAGUAAAAUUAAAAAGUUCCGUAGAUGUGUUGUAUAAUGAUAUAAAAGAUUUGAAUCAAAAUGAUGUAGGUACCUUUUUACAUAAAAAAGCGAGUGAUAUUCAAAGAACGUAUAAAGAGAAAGAUUCCUUAAAAGAUAUAAAACAAAUAAAUGAAUACAUGAGAAAAUUUAAAGAAAAACAUUAUGAACAUAAUUCCGUAUCUACACAUGUUAACAUUGCUUCUUUCAUUUUAAGCACUAUUAAGAAGGAACACAGUUAUAAUAAAUUAAAAUUAGAAGAUGAAAUAAUACAAUUAAAUACAAACACAAAUAAAAGUGCCUUACUUACUAUUGCUCAAAAAAUUCAAUUAUUAAUAUACACAAAUGAAAGUAUAUUUGAAGUGUACAGGAUCUUAUGUCUCUUUUGUGUUAUAACUAACGGAUGUAAUGAAAGCUACAUAAAUGGAAUAAAAAAAGAUAUUAUAGAACAAUACGGAAUAAAUGAAUUAACAAGACUAAAUAAAUUGCAUCUUUGUAAUAUUCUAAAACAUCAAUCAAAACAAAAAUUUGUUUGGAACUAUUUAAAAAAUCAUUUCAAUUUAUUAUCUAAUGAAGAAAAUGAUAUAUCAUAUGUAUGUAAUGGUUAUGCACCAUUAUCGGUCCGAUUAAUUGAAUAUAUGGGAGUUGUUAAAAAUAACAUACAAGUCUUUCCAGAAAUUUUUAAUCUUCUCAAUGGACCAACUUUAGACAUUGUUCAAAAUGCAGUAGGAUUCGAUAAUAUUCUUGAUAUACCCAAAAAAAUAAACAAUAAAAAAAAAAAAAAAAAUGUAAUCCUUUUUUAUGUCGGUGGGAUUUCAUAUGCUGAAAUUGCUUCCAUUCGUAAAUUAAAUAAAAACAAUCAAAAUUAUAAUUAUUUAAUAUUUACAACAGAAAUUAUUAGUUCCAAAAAACUGCUUCAGUCCAUGAAUACCUAG